AUGGGGUGCGACGACAAGUGUGGGUGCGCCGUGCCGUGCCCCGGCGGCAAGGACUGCAGGUGCACGUCAGGGAGCGGCGCCGGCCGGCAGCGGGAGCACACGACGUGCGGCUGCGGGGAGCACUGCGAGUGCAGCCCGUGCACCUGCGGCAGGGCCAUGAUGCCGUCCGGCCGGGAGAACAGGAGGGCCAACUGCUCCUGCGGGCCGGCCUGCAACUGUGCAUCCUGCGCCUCGUCCUGA